AACAAGACGCUGAUCUGACGAUCUCAACACCAGACGCUGAUUAAGGAGUAGCACUCUUUCUAUACAUGUAUAUACACAGCUAUAAAUUUUUUUAGUUAUUAAGGAUUAUGUCGUUUUUUUACUAACGUUUUGCAUGAGUUUGCUAGAAAUUUGACAGUCAGUGUGCUGUUUUUAAGCAAGGGGUUGAAAUAACAGCGCGUUUGCCCUUCGGUGUACUAUAAUUACCCGUGAACUUUUGGCUUUGGCAGCCAAAAGCUAGCUGAAUUUGUUUAACUUCUACUCAGUGAUUUUGUAUUCCUGGAAGAUCGCCUGUUUAGAUAAUUGCUGAAUGGUACCAAUUUGAACUGGUAAGUGUUAACAGAUCUGUGAAUUGUAUCCUCAAAAUGUCUUUGCAAGAUGGAGAGGGACUGGGUGGAUGGAAUCUGUCACCUCACCUGCACACGGAGGAGUGCAACACACUUAUAAACCUACUGAAGCAAUGCCACUCAGAGCACAAUGUCUUGAAGUUCUUUGGCCACUGUAAUGAUAUGGACCGUGCCAUGAGGGCCUGUUUGAAGGACGAGCGAAUUGCAAAGAGGGAGAAGAGCAAACAGCAUGCUAAAGAGAUGAGACAGAGAGUAAAAGAUGGCCUUAAAGAGGAAUUCUGAGUUGCACAACUGGCUGAGCCUUGGAGCCAAUGCCCCAGGAAUGGGCACAGAGACUGGGUACAAGGGAACAAGAGGUCAAGCAACCUAUCAAGAGAACCUUAUCUCAUUGCCUGGAUAUCUUACAACAAGAGGACUCUAAUGUGUUUGAUUCAGUCUGUGUUGAAUAGUUUUGGGUGGAGUGAUUAGUCAUGGACAAUGAUAAAUGACGGAGAAGGAGGUCCUGUGGUAAUCUCCGGACCCACGAAUUAAAUGAUUCAGUAAUGACUGGGAUAUGGCAAUGAUGAAAAAACACUGUAGUUUUGUAAUAAAGUGUAACAAAACAGAAA